AUGAGGCAAGUUAAAGAAUAUUAUUCCCUUGAUUUAUAUCCAAUUGAUGGUGAAAAUGAUGGCAAUGAAAUUGAUGACAAAGGAGAUGAACUUCUGGAACUAAAUGUGUUCACAGAUUUUACCACUGUGGAUAAAUGGAACCUGACUGAAAAUAAGGCUGUUAAUGAGAUAUUUUAA